UCAUGUCUUGUCCAUCCAACAUGCCCUCAAAUUCCAACACUUCAAACUUCGAUGAGCAUCGAUGGAUUACUCAAAUCCGUCGAACACUCGAUGAAGAACUUGAAGAAGACACUGAAAUCCCAGUUAGCAUUUUCAAUGUACCAAAAUCCCUAAUUUUGGGCGACCCUGAUUCGUACGUGCCACAACUAGUGGCAAUUGGUCCUUACCAUUAUUGGCGCACAGAGCUAUACGAUAUGGAGAGGUACAAAGUAUCUGCUGCAAAGAGAACUCAGAAAAACCUCGAAAAUCUCAAAUUUCAGCAUCUUGUGGAACAAUUGAGAAAAUUCGAGCAUAGAAUUCGUUGUUCGUACCAUAAGUACUUGAAUUUCAAUGGGGAAACUUUGGCCUGGAUGAUGGCGGUGGACGCCUCGUUCUUGCUUGAGUUCCUUCAAAUCUAUUCCAUCAGAGAAGGUAAGGUUCUAACUAGUGUUUCCUCAAGAAUGUCUCAUUUGGUUGAUGUUGCUGGGAGAAAAUUGACGCAUAAUGCCAUCCUUAGAGAUAUAAUUAUGCUAGAAAAUCAAAUCCCGUUGUUUUUGUUAAGGAAAAUGUUGGAAUUCCAAUAUUCAUCUUUAGAGUUAGCAGACAACAUGUUGCUGUCAAUGCUAAUGGGAUUUUGCAAGGAGCUUUCGCCUUUCAAAAUACGGGUCGAAUCCCCAAAAUUUCAAUUCACAGAAUGUGCUCAUUUGCUAGACUUUCUGUACCAAUUGAUCGUGCCAAAAUUAGAAAUAACUUGUGAAAUAGCAGAAGAUCAUCACGAGCCAAUUGGCACGAACCAUGGAGAAAAUAUUUCCUUCGCAAAUUCAGGUCACGUUAGACUAGUUGUUCGCAAAGUUUGGAAGAUCCUUGUAAAAAUAAACAAAGGCCCGGUACGUCUUCUUAAGAAAGUAGCAUUUUCCAGACCUGUUAAACUCAUGUUUAAGCUGCCCUGGAAAUUACUCUCUAAUCUUCCGGGGAUUAAGCUAUUAGCACAACCCAUUGCAUACAUGUGUUUUUCAAAAGCAGAGGAGAUUAAUUCUGAAGACGAAAGUGAAUCUAAUAUUAAUAAACCCCCUCUUGUUGAAGAAAUAGCCAUACCAUCGGUAACAAAACUUUCUAAAUCCGGGGUAAGUUUUGUAGCCACAAAAUCAGGAAUCAUGAGCAUAAAAUUCGACCGUAAAAAGAUGAAAUUUUAUUUGCCUAGAAUCAGUCUAGACGUGAACACAGAGGCUCUUUUGAGGAAUUUAGUCGCAUACGAAGCAUGUAACGCAUCAGGGCCAGUGGUUUUUACACGUUACACUGAAUUAAUGAACGGAAUUAUUGAUACUGAAGAGGAUGCCAUGUUGCUUAGAGAAAAGGGGAUAAUUUUGAACCGUUUGAAGAGUGAUAAAGAAGUUGCAAACUUGUGGAAUGGGAUGAGUAAAUCGGUGACAUUAACGAAAGUUCCAUUCUUAGAUAAGGUGAUUGAUGAUGUGAAUCGGUUCUACAAUGGAAGAUGGAAUGUCAAGAUUAAAAAAACCAUGAAGCAUUAUGUGACUGAGUCAUGGCAAUUUCUCACAUUCAUGGCUUGCAUUAUGCUCUUGAUGUUGACAAUGUUACAAGCAUUUUGUUCAGUCUACAAGUGUGCUCGUAUAUUUCGUAUUCAGAAUUCUGAUGAUUGAUUUUAAACUUUAAGGUAUAUACAUCCUGAGUGUAUAUAACUUAAGUUCUUGGUCAAAUUUCCACUCGUGCGAUAAUAUUAUUUUUUCUUUUUUUUCUCCUCUUUGUGAUAUUUGCUGUGAUUUGAUUUCACUAGGAUUAGAAAAAUUGCAAAAGGAUUGCAAUAAAAAGGAAAAAGAGUGGUAGUUUUUGUGUGAUGGGCCGUUGGACGAAGAAAUGCUAAAGUGAAAUGUGGGUUUGUGCAUUCAUCUUGGGAUAAGAUGGUGCUGUAUAAUUUAUUUGAGAUUUGGUUAUUUGUUUAUGACGUGAUGCUUUCCAGAAAAUUAGACCUUGUCUUAUUCAAGGCGCUUACUGUAUUUUUUUAUUUUUUUUUGGCUAAAUGUUUUGUGAAUAAAUUUAGUAUUUAUCCCUCUCUCUCUUUUCCUUCUU